AUGCUUCUUCUUCUCAUAGUCCAGAUCGGCGUAAUAUUUGCCGGUCCAUCUCCUUUAUACAGAUGGCCCUUGAACGAUUUGACGUGUGGUAAAGAGGUGCAAACCACCAAUGAUGAUGCCAUUCAGCCUAAACAAGCGGAUUGUGUUAUAAACAAACCAGGACCAGUCGAAGUCGGAUCAACAUAUAUUUGGAGCGAUGGUUUUGUGGAAUUUUCUCCGUCGCAAAGUCAUAUCGAUGUCGAGAUUAAGAAUGAUGUGCCGAUCUUGUCUUUUGGGUUUACUAUUUUAAUAAACCCUACGGAAAAUAUCGGAACGAUCGUCCAUUACAAAGCUACAGCUCCGAUUUCGGGUGAAUUGGUAGAGUUCAGAAUUCAAUUUGUAGCUGGUAAACUUUCGAUGGUACUGUCUGAUGGAACAAAUAUGUACAACAAGACUUUUAAUACUGUAAUGCAAACCAAUGUAUUCUCGCUAGUUGGUUUUGGAUUUCUUUAUUCGGACAGGACUGCAAAUUUUUUCAUCAAAAACUCCAAUAGUCGAAAAUCGAUAAGCUAUUAUGGAAGAGGGUUAACGGUUCCUGGAAUUCUGAGAUUCGGUGCCUCACAGACAACCACUCCAACUGACAUGUUCAACGGGAAAAUCGCAUGUGCUUUGUUUUUUAAUAAUUAUAUCAAUUCCUAUGACGAGCAGAACAUGGAAAAUGCAUGUAUACAAGAUUGGAUAGGCGUUUCAUCUCCCGUACCGUCAUCUGUAACACCGACACAGCCAACGCAACCUAAUCUGAUCUGGCCCUUGGAUUCUAUAAAUACAGGCAAAGAAAACACAACGGGAAGAAUACCAUUUAAUCAACCAGAUUUCAGAUUUGCAUAUGGACCACCAGAUCUUCCAAAUGAAGCAGUUUUGUUUGAUGGAUCAAGAUUGACAUCUAUUCAUUUUGAUGGUAUACCAAGCUAUCUUCUUGCAAACCACCAUAGUUUUGGCAUGUACCUAUAUGUAGACGAUCUUAAUUAUGUAACUUUUAUGACAAUCAAGAGCGAUGCGGAGGAUGUGGCCGAAACUCGGAUUUCUGUAGACGGCACAUCGGUUGAAAUAAAACUUUUCAACAAUAUCGGUAGUGAAUGUGGACAUCUUGUAAGAACUAACGCUCUUCAGCUUAACACAUGGUCCGUAUUAGGCUUCAAAAUCACAUUUCCAUCGGAUAUGACUUUGCUUGUCAAUGAUUCGGAAUAUAUUGGUUCUCACUCGUGUGGAUUGCAGCAAGCAUCGUCAUCCAAUUACUCAAUACUUUUGGGCUAUUCAGAAGAAGAAAAUGAAGGUUUCCAUGGCAGGAUCCGCUGUUUGGUAUUGGUAGAUGAUAUUGAACAGAUGACCGAAGUUUUAAAUGUGGCCUGCAACGAUAAAGUUUACAUUUCAGAGAACGAGUUGAUAAUUCCAAGAGAAAGAGAGAGAUAUUCCAUUAUAUCGAAGACGAACAGUAAACCGUUAAGUUCUUUGCCAGCAACGGGUUUUAUCAGUCAAUCCACACUUUCAAAUUGUGGUCUGAGAUGCCUUGAAGAGAGAUAUUGUCGUUCUUUUACAUUCCAGGCAAUGGGGGAAUGUACUCUGUAUGAUUUCGUAGUUUUCAAGACCCUAACCUCAAUAUCGGGCACAAAUUAUUAUGUUGUCACGUGA